CAACAGUUCAUAGGCUUUUCAUGCAUCCAGGAGCCUUCCUGGGGUUCCUGCCACACAGACAACAUGAAGACAGGAGCUCAGGCUUGGAGGGCACCGACAGAGUCGUUUCUUCUCUGCGCUGUCCUAGCAUGUCUCCAUUUCCUUGGUUCCAGAGGUGAGAAGCUCGAUUUCUUUGGGGCAAAUGCAGUCAAUGGGAGCCUUGUAAAGAGCAGAACAGUGCGGAGUGUGGAUGCCGGCCCAGCACCUAUUGACUGUGAGCGAUCCAGCUGGUCCUCCUGGACUGUGUGUGACCCCUGUCAGAAGAAAAGGUAUAGACAUACUUACUUGCUCCGGCCUUCUCAGUUCCAUGGGGACUUGUGUGACUUCUCCGACAAAGAAGUUGAAGAUUGUGUUACCAACCGACCCUGCAGAAGUCAAGUGCGAUGUGAAGGCUUUGUGUGUGCACAGACAGGGAGGUGUGUGAAUCGCAGACUCCUCUGCAACGGGGACAACGAUUGCGGAGACCAAUCGGAUGAAGCAAACUGUAGGAGGGUUUAUAAAAAAUGCCAACAGGAAAUGGAGCAGUACUGGGCCAUUGGCAGUCUGGCCAGUGGGAUAAAUCUGUUCACAAACACUUUUGAGGGCCCAGUUCUUGAUCAUCAGUAUUACGCUGGUGGAUGCUCCCCCCACUACAUCCUGAACACCAAGUUUAGGAAGCCAUACAACGUGGAAGGCUACACUCCACAGACCCAAAGCAAAUAUGAAUUUGCACUUACAGAAUACGAAUCAUAUUCAGAUUUUGAACGCAAUGUGACAGAGAAAGUAGCCAGCAAGUCUAGUUUCAAGUUGGGUUUUAAAUUGAAUUCGAUCAUUGAGUUUGGAUUUAGUGACGAAAGCAACGAAGGCAAACAUUACAUUAGCAGAACCAAACGAUUCUCCCACACGAAAAGCAAGUUUCUGCAUGCACGCUCUGUCCUCGAAGUGGCGCACUACAAGCUGAAGUCCAGAAACCUCAUGCUCCAUUAUGAAUUCCUUCAGAGGGUGAAGAGCCUGCCCUUGGAGUACAGCUAUGGGGAAUACCGAGAUCUCCUUCGUGACUUUGGGACCCACUUCAUCACUGAGGCCGUGCUUGGGGGCAUCUAUGAGUACACGCUUAUCAUGAACAAAGACGCCAUGGAGCGAGGAGAUCACACACUUCAAGAUGUUUCUGCCUGUGCUGGAAAAGGUUUCAAAAUUGGUGGUACCAUCUAUAAAGUCUAUCUUGAAUUGGGUGUGUCAGAGAAGAAAUGCAGCGACAUUCUGAAGGAAAUCCAAGACAGAAAUAAGAGGAGCACCAUGGUGGAAGACUUGGUAGUUCUUGUGCGAGGAGGGACAAGUGAGCACAUCACCUCCUUGGCGUACAAGGAGCUGCCAACAGCUGAACUGAUGCAGGAAUGGGGAGAUGCUGUACAGUACAACCCAGCAGUCAUCAGGAUCAAGGCUGAGCCUCUGUAUGAGCUUGUGACAGCCACAGACUUUGCCUACUCCAGCACCGUGAAACAGAACAUAAAGAAGGCACUAGAAGAAUUCCAGAUGGAGGUCAGCUCCUGCCACUGUGCUCCUUGCCGAGGCAAUGGAGUGCCAGUCCUGAAAGGAUCACGCUGUGAGUGCAUCUGCCCUGCUGGCUUCCAAGGCAUAGCCUGUGAGGUCACCAAUAGGAAAGACACCCCCAUUGAUGGGAAGUGGAGUUGCUGGUCCAACUGGUCUUCGUGCUCUGGAGGACAGAAAAGAAGACAAAGGCAGUGUAACAAUCCACCCCCUCAGAGAGGGGGGAGCCACUGCUCAGGCCCCGCUUCAGAAACACUCAACUGUUAGAGGAGAGAACACCCUCAGCAGGUGAC